AUGGCGGAAAAGAACCUAGAAGCAUUCGCUGCGAAGCUCGACGACCCAAACCUUGAUGUUCGGAUAAAGUGUACUGUCGCGACUGAGCUACGAGAUAGCAUAGAGAUAUGGUGUCAAGGCUCGUCUUAUGCGACGUUCGUCGAGCGGUUCAUCCCCAUUUUCAUGAAUCUAUUAGAUGGCCCGCCAGUCUUCAUGAGCAAUUCCCCAGAACAGCGACUGCGAUUAUGUGUCCUCGAAAUCCUCUUCCGACUCCCCAUGACACCAUCCGCCACAUUGGAGCAGCAUACGCCGCGGAUCGUCGACCGGCUCAUGGACCUCGUGCGCAUCGAGAACGAAGAUAAUGCGACCCUCUGCAUCAAGACGGUCAUGGACUUCCUGCGGAAUCAGCCGAAGGCGCUCGCGGACCGGGUUCAGCCCUUCUUAGAUCUCAUCCAGGAGAUGUUUCAACAUAUGGAGCAAGCAGUCAAGGAUACCUUCGACAACCCGGCGCAUGGAGGCGCUCAGGGCCUCCCAUCGACACCCGGAAAUGCUCAAUACUCGAACUCUCCUCGCCCGGGCUCCCCGGUGACUUCAACGUCGUCAGCCGACAUCGUUACGGAACAACCGCAGGCCCGCCCGCUGCAGAAAGGGAUGCAAUCCUUCAAAGUGAUUGCCGAAUGUCCGAUUAUUGUCGUAUCCAUUUUCCAGGCUCACCGGGGCUGUGUCAACAAGAACGUACGGCUGUUCGUCCCCCUGAUAAAGAACGUUCUGCUCCUCCAGGCGCAACCGCAAGAGCGAGCGCACGACGAGGCCAGGGCCCAAGGGAAAAUCUUCACGGGUGUCUGCAAGGACAUUCGGAACCGCGCGGCCUUCGGCGAUUUCAUCCUCGCCCAAGUCAAGACGAUGAGCUUCCUGGCAUAUCUGCUGCGUGUGUACUCUUCGCAGCUAACCGACUUUUUGCCAACCCUGCCCGAGAUUGUCAUUCGCAUGCUGCAGGAUUGCCCGAGAGAACGGUCAGGUGCACGAAAGGAGCUGCUGGUUGCCAUUCGGCACAUCAUCAAUUUCAACUUCCGCAAGAUCUUCCUGAAAAAGAUCGACGAGCUUCUGGAUGAGCGGACCUUGAUCGGCGACGGCCUCACCGUGUAUGAGACGAUGCGGCCGCUGGCGUAUAGCAUGCUCGCGGACCUCAUCCAUCAUCUCCGCGAUUCCCUGUCUCGGGAGCAGAUUCGGCGGACCAUUGAGGUCUACACAAAGAAUCUCCACGACGAUUUCCCCGGGACGAGCUUCCAGACCAUGAGCGCGAAGCUGCUCCUGAACAUGUCGGAGUGCAUCGCCAAGCUCGAGCCAAAGGAGGAUGCGCGUCAUUUCCUGGUCAUGAUUCUUGACGCCAUCGGAGAUAAGUUCGCGGCGAUGAACCGACAAUAUGACAACGCAGUGAAGCUAUCCAAGUCCUACACUCCUCCACCGAUCGAGGCCUCAGCCGAGAACUUCCUCGCGGAUCCGACACAGAAGCCCGACUGGGACGAGGUUGACAUCUUCAACGCCACCCCAAUCAAAACGUCUAAUCCUCGAGAGCGGAACUCGGAUCCGGUGGCCGACAAUAAGUUCCUCUUCAAAAACCUUCUCCAAGGGCUCAAGAACCUCUUCUAUCAGCUGCGCGUGUGCAAUCCGCAAAAACUGAAGGACGAAAUUGACCCCACGAAUGCCCCCGCCAAUUGGAACGAGGUAUCGUUCGGCUAUAAUGCUGAAGAGGUCAAGGUCCUGAUCAAGCUGUUCCACGAAGGGAUCCAAGUCUUCAAGUACUAUGGGGUGGACAAGGCGCCCUUGGAUAGUAACGAUGCACAGUCCGUCACGCAGUAUGCUGGUUCCAAGGAGGAAAAAGAGCUGCUGGAGGCGUUCGCGACCGCCUUUCACCACAUCGAUCCCGCGACGUUCCACGAAGUCUUCCAGUCCGAGAUCCCCCAUCUGCAUCAGAUGAUUCUCGAGCACGGUUUCCUCAUCCACAUCCCGCAGUUCCUCCUCGCCAGCGAAGCAACAUCUCCCGCCUUCGCUGGCAUGCUCCUGCAAUUCCUCAUGACCAAGAUCGAGGACAUUGGGAGCUCUGAUGCGAGGCGAACGUCGACAUUGCUCCGCCUCUUCAAGCUGUUCUUCAUGGCUGUCACCCUAUUCUCGCAGCAGAAUGAACCCGUCCUGCUCCCCCACGUCAUCAAGAUCAUCACCAGGUCAUUUGAGCUCUCGACAACCGCGGAGGAGCCGAUGAAUUAUUUCCUCCUCCUACGAAACCUGUUUCGAAGCAUCGGGGGCGGUCGCUUUGAAGUGUCGUACAACCACCUUCUCCCGCUGCUGGAGAUGAUUUUGGAGACGCUGAACAGCCUACUCCGGACAGCACGGAAACAGCAAGAGCGAGACAUAUUUGUCGAACUCUCGCUUACCGUCCCGGCGCGUUUGAGCAACCUUCUUCCGCACCUGAGCUAUCUCAUGCGGCCGCUGGUUGUGGCCUUGCGGGCUGGCCCCGAGCUCGUGUCUCAAGGCCUGCGCACGCUCGAGCUCUGCGUGGAUAACCUGACCGCAGACUAUCUCGAUCCAAUCAUGGGACCGGUCAUCGAUGAGCUGAUGGCCGCUCUCAUGGAGCAUCUGAAACCCACCCCGUACAGUCAUUUCCAUUCCCACACCACGAUGCGGAUCCUCGGCAAACUCGGCGGGCGAAACCGCAAGUUCUUGACCGGCCAACAGGCGCUCGAUUUCAAGGCCUACGCGGACGAUGAGCCGAGCUUCGACAUCCGACUGACCGGCUCCGCGCGUGAGCGGGCGUUGCCAGCAUCGCUUGGCCUCGAAGUCGCGAUCUCCACGCUGACCGAAGUGCCCCGCCACGUCCAGGCGAAGAAGUUCGACGCCACGCAUAAGCAGCAGGCCUUCCGGCUCAUCCUCUCGCAGACCAAGCUCCUGAUCGGUUACGAGCAUUUGCCCGACGAUUUCACGCAGCUGGUGCGGCUGCAAGCGGACGACGCCUAUGCUCGGCACUUUGACAUUGGCCCGGAUUGCCUGAUGGAAUCCUCGCGCGACAAAUCGUUCGCGAAGCGAGAUGCCCAACGGGAUACGCUGCGAAAGCUCCUGAAAGCCAUUAUCUUCGCGACCUCUGUUCCGGAGCUGUGCGAUGAGGCCACUGUCUUUAUCCAUGAUCUCGCGCGACACUUCACCGUGCUCGAUCUGGGCAGAUGGCUCGCAUACGCCAAACAUGGGAGUAAGCCCUUCGACGCGAAGGCUGGGGAAGGACCGCUCUUCAUCGACACCCGAGUCAUUGCGGACGCGAUCGCGGACUCCCUCGCCUCCGAUAGUCUCGAUACCAGAAAAACCGCAGAAACGAUGCUCGAGACGAUUCGAGACGCCGCGGCCGCCAUCUUCGGCCCGGGUCGCGCUGCUGAGAAGCUCCCGUUGUUCAAGCACUUUGGCCGAUUGUUCGCCCACCGUUGCCACGAGGAAGAAUGGUUCACCAAGGCGGGCGGGACCUUGGGCAUCGAGAUCCUGAGCAACCGCCUAGACUUCAGCGACGACUGGCUCCGCGAACGGCAGCAGGAUUUCGUGCGAGCGUUGAUGUACGUCCUCAAAGACAUGCCGCACGACGUCUCGUCCACGACGCGUACCCAAGCGUUGGAUGCGCUGCUGGCCACCGUUACGCGGUGCAACCGCAAAGCCGAGAAGAAGGAUUUGUCCGAUCCCAAGUCCAGCUUGAGCGUGCUCUGCUCGUUUCUCAUUUUCGAGCUGGCGCACAUGAGUAAACACGUGCGGAACGCUGCGCAGAAGGCGUUUACGGUGCUGAACGAAACGACGGGUAUCGGGACCCACGAGCUCAUCCGGCCAUUCAAGGACAAGGUGCUCCAAACCAUCUUCUUGAAGCCCCUUCGGGCGCUACCGUUUGGCACACAGAUCGGCUACAUCGAAGCUGUUACGUUUUUCCUAUCCCUGGGACACAGCCUCGUCGAUUUCAAUGACCACCUGAACCGGCUGCUGAUGGAGUCCCUCGCCCUUGCCGAUGCAGACGAUGAGACCCUCGCCUCGAAACCGCUGGAGCACCGGAGCGCCGAGUCCAUCGUCCGGCUCCGCGUAGCAUGCAUCAAAUUGCUAUCGACCGCACAAGGCUUCGCAGAGUUUGGCAGUUCGCCUCCGAACCAGCAACGGACGCGAGUUAUCGCCGUCUUCUUCAAGUCGUUGUAUUCCAAGGCCCCCGACGUGGUCGAGGCGGCCUACACCGGACUCUCUGGCGUUUUGGUCACCACGAACAAGUUACCGAAAGACCUCCUCCAUAGCGGUCUGAAGCCGAUCCUCAUGAACCUUCAGGACCCCAAAAAGAUCACGGUGGAGGGCUUGGAGGUGCUGGCUCGGCUGCUGAAGCUGCUGACGAGUUAUUUCAAACUGGAGAUCGGAUCACGGUUGCUGGACCACAUGAAAACCAUUGCGGACGGUCCCGCCUUGCAACGAACCUCAUUCACGCUUAUCGAACAACACCGGCCCAUGAAAGUAAUCAAGGCGAUCCUCAACAUUUUCCAUCUUCUGCCUCCUACCGCCGUCUCGUUCUUGGGCAGCCUAGUCGCCAAGGUGAUGGAGCUCGAGUUGGCACUUCGUCGCACCCGAAUCAGCCCGUUCCGCGAACCGCUCCUGAAGUAUCUCAACCGGUACCCGAAAGAGACGUGGGACUUCUUCGCCCCGAAGCUCCCGGACCUUUCCUACAGCCGCUUCUUCGCCCAGCUCCUCGCAGAUCCCAGCAGCGAUCCGUUGCGAGAAGCCGUCUGUAACGACACCGCGCCGGUCGUCAGCGGGUUGGCGGCGGAAAGCGAUGGUGAGCGAUGGCCGGUGAUCAUUAGCUCUAUCCAUAUCACAUGGUCGGUGUGUCAGGCUGACAAGACCAAGAAUUUCCUGGUCAGGCGGGAAGGGAUCCGAAAAGCGCUCCUCGACGUCGGCAAGCUCCUCGAGACACGGCUGAGGACCAACAAGAUCGACCCGAGCGUUCGUUUGGCCGCCGACCAAGCGGCUCAACAGCUGGUCGACAUCUUCACCGUCACCAUGUCGCAAGAUCCGCGCAACGUGGACCUCUUUUUCGAAGUCGUGAACGCGGUGACGGCAGAUGAACUUCGUGCUUCUCCAACCCUCUUCCACUACAUAUACGAGGCCAUUGUGACCAGUGACGCCGUGGACUUUUCGCGGAGUUUAUUGAUGCGUUGUAUCGAGCUUUAUGCUGGCCGCGGCGCCUCGCAGAAGACCAAAACGUUCUUGUUCCACAACGUCGUCAACCCCAUCCUUGCACUGGACGUCAUGCGGAAUUGGGACGGCCUCUUUGGGAACCAGAAAGGUACCAAGCUGAUGGACCGCGCUAUGAUAGAUGCGGUCAACACAAAGUUGUGGAGACCUCAAUCGAUGAUCGAUACCUCGGAGGAAACGGGCCAGAUCGGCGUCGAUCACUCGCGGAUGGAGCUGCUGCAACUCACGGCGCUCCUGCUCAAAUACCAUACCAACCUGGUGCAGGACUUCCGGAAAGACGUCAUUCGGUUUGGCUGGAACUUCAUCAAACUAGAGGACGUGAUCAACAAGCACGCCGCAUACGUAGUAGUCGCAUACUUCGUCGCCCAUUACGAUACCCCUCCCAAAAUCGUCAUGCCUGUGUAUCAGACGCUGCUGAAGGCGCACCAGAACGAAGGACGGACACUCGUCACGCAGGCGCUCGAGCUCAUGGCUCCGGUCCUCCGAAAGCGCCUGAUGGGCGGCAGCGAGAGCAAAUUCCCGGCGUUCGCGCGUAUGCCCAAAAAGAUCCUCACCGAAGAAAGCCACAAUCUGCAACAGCUGAUCAGCAUUUUCAAUUUCAUCGUCCGGCAUCCCGACCUGUUCUACGAAGCCCGAGAGCCGCUGUCGGUGAUCAUCAUUCCUGCGCUGGCCAAGAUCGCCCAGCCUCCCAGCCCCUCCAACGAGCACAAGCGGAUUGCGAUCAACCUGAUCAGUCUCAUCUUCCAGUGGGAGGACCGUGCCGCUCGAGAGUUCCGGGAAACUAGUUCCCCUGCCGGUACGAAACGAAAAGCGGACGGUACACCCAUGCCGCGGAGCAACUUCCUCGCCAACCCCGCGUUGCGCAUGGUUCUCGUCCAGUACCUCGUCACAUUCAUCGCAUCGCUACCAGAGCGGUACCCUGUCGCGUCUCAGCGCACCAAGGACGCGUUGAGCACGCAGCCGCAAAAUCUUCCCAAUCCCGAAACCUCCAAGAUGGCGGUACGACUAUUGCACAAGCUAGUCUCGCCUCCGCACUGGAUGGACUUGGAUAUCCCAUCGCUCCUUUCUCCUCACGCGGAGAAGGGCCCGCAGCUCAUCGAGCAGAACCUCGCCACCGAUCAAGGAGCCGACGAGAAGCCGGAGAUCUGGCUCACGCGACAGAUCAACACGCUGGAGAUCGUCAAGAUCCUCGUCAACGUUGUGUCGGACACGUGGUUGCUCGAGAACAUCGGCCGGGUCCAGAAGCUGCUCGAGAAAACUAUGCGGAUGGAGAGCUCCGAAGUGCAGGAUUGCUUGCACUCGCCGGAAGCGGCCGAGUCCGGCAUCAGCGGGAUGGUGCCGACAAUUGAGCGAGUCCUUCACAUCAUUCCCGACAAGGCGGCCGAGGAGGACGAGAACAGCGACGACUCACCGGGAGCCGAGUUUAUCCAAUUCUGUGGCACGGUUGCGAACGAAGGCUUGUCCAACGGCCAUCUCGUUUCCGCACUUAACGUCCUGUGGACGCUCUGCAAGAAGAAGCCGCAGGAGGUUGAUCAGCACAUUCCCGCUAUCAUGAAGGUUUUCCAAACCAAGCUGCUGAAGGACCACUUUUCCGCUCCCCCGGCGCAUCCGGCAAUACCGCAUCCACGAGCUGCGGACUCCACGAACGCUACCCCUGACCCUGUCGAGUAUCAAAUCCAAAUCGGCCUGAUCUUGAAGACCAUCGACAUCUUGGAUGCACGAAUGAACUCUUUGAAUGAGAAUCGGCGACCCUUUCUGCAAGCGCUGGCGCAACUGGUGGAGCGUUCGCAGAGCACCGUCAUUUGCACCAAGAUCCUGGAAUUGGUCGAGAAAUGGGUCUUCCACCACACGGGAGAGCUUUUCCCGACCAUGAAGGAAAAGACGGCAGUGCUGAGCAAAAUGCAGGCGUUUGAGCAGAGAGCCGAUCCGACGCUGAUGCGCCGCUUCCUCGACCUGGUCAUCCGAAUCUACGAGGAUCCCAAGAUCACGCGAUCCGAACUGACGGUGCGCAUGGAGCCGGCAUUUCUGGUCGGAACAAGGGCGCAAGACGUCGACAUGCGCAACCGUUUCCUAGGCAUCUUCGACCGCCACCUCACCCGCACAGCUAGCAGCCGCAUCAACGCCUUGCUCGCUUCCCAAGACUGGCUUCCGCUGAGCGACACAUACUGGCUGUCGCAGGUCACCCACCUCCUUCUCGGCUCGGUCGACACAAAUCACACGGCCCAACUCCACGAUGAUGAUUUCAAGGUCACGUCCCCGAACCUCGUGUUCGGAACGUACGCCAAAGACUCGCGCAUCGCAAAUGUGAUCGUGGACGGCGAGUUCGACGUGUUCAUGAACUCGUGGAAAUCCUUCCACCAGGGCCUCGGCGACGUGAAGGUCAAGGAUAUUCUGGAGCCGCUCGGUCAACUGCAGCACACCAACACGACGCUGGCACAUGAUAUAUGGGUCGCCUUGUUCCCGAUGUUCUGGAUCACCGUCCCCAAAGACGACCGCGGGGAUUUUGAGAAGGCGUUGGUUGCAUUGUUGACCAAGGAGUUCAAUUACCGGCAGAUCGACAAACGACCCAACUGCGUCCAGUCUUUGCUGGAAGGCAUUGUCCGCGCGAAGCCGCGAUUGAAGUUUCCGCCGCAGGUUAUGAAGUAUCUAGCCAAGACAUACAAUGCGUGGUAUACUGCUGCCCAUUACAUGGAGGAGGCGUCGAUAAAUCCGGUCAUCGACACCGCGUCGGUACGGGAGAGUACCUCGGACGCGUUGUUGGAACUGUAUUCGAACCUCUUAGAGGACGACUUGUUUUACGGUACUUGGCGUCGGCGCUGUCAAUACGUAGAGACCAACGCGGCACUGUCCUACGAGCAAAUCGGCAUGUGGGAGCAGGCGCAGCGAACAUACGAAGCUGCUCAAAUCAAGGCUCGAACGGGAGCGUUGCCGUUCUCGCAAGGCGAGUACAUGCUGUGGGAAGAUCAUUGGGUCAUUUGCGCCCAGAAGCUUCAGCAGUGGGAUGUCCUCGCCGAUUUUGCAAAGCACGAGAACUUCAACGAUCUCUACCUAGAGUCGACGUGGCGACACAUCGAGAUGUGGAACACGGCCGAGUCACGGGAGCAGCUCGAAUCGAUCAUCAAGUCGGUGUCGGAUGCGCCGACGCCGCGGCGGGCAUUCUUCCAGGCCUUCAUGUCCUUGUUGAAAUACAACGCGAAGCAAGAGACGCCUCAAGACCUGAACCGAUUCACGGACGAGGCCAUCCAGAUUUCCAUCCGCAAGUGGCACCAGCUUCCCAAGCGCAUCACCAAUGCGCACAUCCCGAUCCUGCAGAACUUCCAGAACCUCGUGGAACUGCACGAUGCCAGUAUCAUGUGCACCAGCCUAGGGCAGACCAACCAAGCGAACCUAGAGGUCAAGGCGCAGGAGUUGAAGCUCCUUCUCGGGUCCUGGCGCGAUCGCCUGCCAAAUUUCUGGGACGACAUCAACGCGUGGCAGGAUCUGGUAACCUGGCGGCAGCACAUCUUCCAUCUCAUCAACAACGUCUAUCUCUCGCUCCUGCAAAAUAACCAAGCCACUCCCGGACAAGCGAAUUCCUACCACUACCGCGGCUUCCAUGAAACCGCCUGGAUCAUCAAUCGAUUCGCUCAUGUGGCGCGGAAACACAACCUCACCGACGUGUGCAUCCAGCAGUUGGGCCGCAUCUAUACUCUACCCAACAUCGAGAUCCAGGAAGCGUUCCUCAAACUCCGCGAGCAGGCCAAGUGCCACUACCAGAACCGGGCGGAACUGAACCAGGGCUUGGAGGUGAUCAACAACACCAACCUCAACUACUUCACGGCACAGCAAAAAGCCGAGUUCUUCACUCUCAAGGGCAUGUUUUUGGAGAAGCUGGGCGAACGACACGAAGCGAACGGCGCGUUCGGCAGCGCCCUCUGGUUCGAGAUCAAACAUCCCAAGGCCUGGGCGGAAUGGGGGCGUUACAACGACAACAUCUUCAAGGAAAAUCCCGCCGACAUGGAGCGCGCCUCCUCCGCCAUCGGAUGUUACCUAGAAGCGGCAAGCACUUACAAGAACGCCAAGUCGCGGCGGUUGCUCAGCCGUGUGCUUUGGCUCCUGAGCCUCGACGACGAGCGCCGCACGGUGGAGACGACCUUCCGGGAGUUCAAGGGCGAUCAUCCCACGUGGUACUGGAUCACAUUUAUCCCCCAGCUCAUCCAAGGCCUGUCCCGACAGGAGGGCGUCGUCGCCCGGAUGCUGCUCGCCAAGAUCGCCAAGUCGUUCCCCCAGGCCCUGUUCUUCCAGUUGCGGACCGCGCGAGAGGAGUUUACGAACUUGAAAAAGCAGCAGGACGCCGCGCUAGCUAAGGACCGAGCUGCCAAGGCUCGACAGCAUAGCCAGCAACCGAAAAGCUCGCCGACACAAAAGGCCACCCCCGACUCCCGCCCGGCAACGGCAUCUGGAACCAAAGAGGACGCCAAUACGUCUGCCGGAACCGCUGACGGGACGCCCAAGAUGGAGGCGAAGACCGAGCCGACUCCAGAUGGAGUGGCCGCGGCGGAUACGCCAAAGAAGCCCUGGGAAUAUGCCGAGGACAUCAUGUCGACAUUGAGAACGGCGUUCCCGCUGCUCGCGUUGUCGUUGGAAACCAUGGCCGACCAGAUGGCCAAGUACUUCAAGUGCCCGCCGGACGAAGAUGCAUACCGGCUCAUCGUUGCGCUGCUGAACGAUGCUCUGUCCUACAUCGGCCGCACUCCGCACUCGUACGGGCAAGAUGUCAAACUCCCUCCGUCGACGGAAGCGAACAUCACCAAAUUCGCCCAAUCCAUCCUCCCCGCGCACAUUCGAGGGUUCUUUGAGUCCGACUUUGUGCUCAAGAAGCCGACCAUGUACGAAUACAUGCAGAAGCUUCGUAAAUGGCGCAACAAGUUCGAGGAGCGACUCGAUGCCCGUGACAACCCGACGAGCCUGGAGCUGCAGAGCUCGCAUCUCAGCGAGUUCAAGUACGCCAAAUUCGAGGACGUCGAGGUCCCGGGGCAGUAUCUCAUGCUCAAGGACAAGAACACCGACUUUGUCAAGAUCGAGCGGAUUCUGCCGAACGUGGAGCAGGUGCGUGGCAGUGGUGUGUCGUGGCGACGGAUCAGGAUCCGGGGACACGAUGGAAGCGUCCAUAUCUUUACGGUGCAGCAUCCGGCUACUAAACAGGCUCGACGAGAGGAACGGAUCAUGCAGUUGUUCCGCAUCUUCAAUGGUACUUUGGUCAAGAAGCGAGAAGCCCGACGUCGGAACCUUCAGUUCACGCUUCCCGUCAUUGUGCCGCUCUCCAACAUUGUUCGGCUGAUUCAGGAGGACCCGUCCGCUGUCAAUCUGCAGCAGAUCUACGAGACGUAUUGCCGGUUGAAUGGCAUCAACAAGGACGACCCCAUCUUGUUCAGCAUCGAGAAGAUGCGGGGAUUGAGUCCAAAAUCACCCGCCGAGUACUUGAAUGCGCUUCGCCUAGAAAUCUACACAUCUAUUCAAGACAAGUUCGUCCCCAACUCGGUGGUGUUGGACUAUUUCCAAUCCACCUACCCGUCGUUCGCCGAUCUUUGGUUAUUCCGUCGCACCUUUGCCUAUCAGUUUGCGGCGCUGUCCUUCAUGACCUAUAUCAUGCACAUGAACGCUCGCACGCCACAGAAACUGUUCAUCAGCCGGGGCACCGGGCGCGUCUGGGGAUCGGAGCCGUUCCCCUCCAUCUCCGCGGGCAAAGCCGUCUUCCACAAUCCCGAAGUCGUCCCGUUCCGCCUGACGCCGAAUCUCCAAACCCUGAUGGGCCCGCUGGGGACCGAAGGCAUCUUCGCGCCGUCCAUGAUGGCGCUCGGGCGGUGCUUGGUUGAGCCCGACGGCGAGCUGGAAAUGCAGCUGGCCAUCUUCGUGCGGGACGAGGUGACGUUCUGGCACACGCAGUCGCACCGGCCCGCGCCGAACACGACGCAGUUGCGGGAGCUGGUGCAGGGGAACAUCGAGCUGGUGUCAAGAAGGGCGAUGAGCUUCGCGAAGCCGCCGAAUAGUCCGAACCUGCCGGCCAAUCAAACAGUCGUGGACUCCGUGGCGCUUGCCGUCAAUCCCAACAAGCUGGCGGUGACGGAACCGCUGUGGAUGGGAUACUUGUAAUUAAUGUACUUUGCUUGCUUCAGUUGCUGCAGCCGGUAUGGCAUGGCGUUUUCGGGAUAGGAAAUGGGAGGAAUACUUGCGCCCCAGUUCGGCGUCACGAACUGCGAUGACACUCGCACCGUUCACAGCCAGUGGACGCAGCGAUACUAUAACGUGGGCAGGAGUGCAUGUUUCUUCACUAAUGUAUACAUAUCAUGGGUUCGGAAGCCCAUCACGGCCGACACGUAGCUAUUGAAUGAACUUUAAUUCUGAAUCGCUGAGGUUCGUGCUACUGCCACUUUGUGAGAUUACUUGGGAUGAGGCGCUUCAAAACUGCCAGAUGCUGCUCAUGCUCCU